AUUUUGUUAAGACUACCACCAGACAGACGAGCUUGAAUACCAUGGGUGUGCCUGAACGACAGUUGGUGGGCUGAUAUAAACUGGAACAACACGAAACGGAACAGAAGGUUUGGAUUUGAAGGCCACAAUAGUUAAACAUGAUGCAGAGGGAGGACGAGUCUGCACGGGAAGAGUUUAGCUACACUCACAUACCCACCCUCGAUCGAGCAAGUGCGGGUGGAUCGUUGAGUCGACGACUGGAGAGAGAGAGGGAUAGAGUGGAAAGGGACAGCUACAUAGUAGAUGUGAGAGCCAGUGAUUUGGAUCUGGACCAGGCUGAGCCAUUACACCCCUGUUUCAGCUACAGAGCCUGGCUCUACAGCAUCCUCAUUGGGUGUAGUCUCCUGAUCACAGCGGGAUUCUCUCUCUACCUGGGUAAUGUGUUUCCUGAUGCAAUGGAUUAUUUGCGCUGUGCAGCUGGAGCGAGUAUCCCAGCUGCAGUGGUGAGCUUUGCCAUUGCCACAAACUGGCGAGUAGCAGUGUUCGAUUUUCAACUGGUGUAUGUGUCCACAUUUGCUGUGACAACUACAUGCCUGGUAUGGUUUGGCUGCAAGCUGGUUCUCAGCCCAUCAGCCAUCAAUAUCAACUUUAACCUGAUCCUGCUUACUCUGCUAGAAGCCCUCAUGGCCAGCACUGUCAUCCUGUCAGCUCGCUCUGUAGAGGACUGCUGCAGUCACAGCAAGCAAGUAUAUGAUGGUCCUAUGGCUGUGACUCCGGCUAAAUUCCCUUCCCGUCUUCUCAAGGCUUAUGCUGUGAUCGAGGUGAUAAUUGGGAUCUCUUCAGUAUUCGGUGGUAUUAUUGCUCUCAAUAUGGAUGCUCUGCUCCCAGGGCCCUACGUUUCUGUCACAUUCUUCUGGAUUCUAGUGGCUUGUUUCCCAAGUGCCAUAACCAGUCAUGUGGUGUCAGAAUACCCCAGCAAAUGCCUGGUGGAGACAUUGAUUGCCAUCAGCAGUGUCACAUCACCACUGCUGUUCUCUGCCUCUGGCUUCUUGUCUAACAGCGUGUUGAAUUUUAUUGAGAUUCUCCACCAAGAGGUUCCUGCAGCCAAGCAAUCAUAUGACAUCCUCCUAAUGAUACUGAUGGUGCUGCUGCUGGUCCAGGCAGGCCUGACACUGGCCACUGUGGUACACUGUGCCUCUUACAAGGGUCAGCUACAUAUAGGAGCACCAGAGAGGGAUGACAGUUCACAUCUGGAACCAUACCAGUGUGAGCAACAUGGAUCCAAUGGCACACUGCGAGAGUUUGACAAAGAGAAGGCCUGGAAGGCUGUGGUAGUUCAAAUGGCCCAGUGAGCACAGGCGCAGGGAAUAAAGAGAACAAUCAGUAAUGACAAAUAAAAGUGAGUGGAGGAGGACAUGAGAAGGUGAGAGUAAAAGAAGAACAAGUGAAAACAGAGUAAAAAUAAGAGAGAACAAGGAGGGAAUACUAAAUGCAGUCAGAAGGUGACAUGUCAGUGAGUCCUUGCCAGGGAGUUUAGAGACAGGGAUAUAUCCUGAAGAAUCUGUUUUAAAAUACAACUGUAUAAAGCAUCUAAAUAACUCCCAUGUCCAUAUAUCUAUUCUUAAAAUGAAAUAAUUCUGACUAUUCAGAAUUCUCAGAAGAGGAACAGUUGAGGCGUUAACCAAUGCUGUAAAUGUAACACCUUCUGCAAAGAAAUAAAACUCACAACUCAUGUUCUGUUCAUAUGUACAGUAAAGCUGGAUUUAUAUUAAAGUGUGACUAAACUUAUUCCUGUCUAGGAAUCCACUGUAAAUUCCAGGCCUUGCUACAUUGCAUGUACUGAAUCAUUCAUUAAAUGUACGACUGCAUUUUUGUAAUAUGUCUAGAAAAUCUAAGCAUGUGGCUAGGCAAAUGCUAUGCAAGUAAAGCAUUUUCUAUUAGAGUUUUGCACUAUAUAGUACAUAUAAAGCACCAAGUUUACACAUUUCUUGUAGCUAGCAAGUACAUUGUCUGUAUUUUUGUCAUAUUUUCUGUAGGAUUUUCUGUAAGUAUAACAAUUUCUUUUCAUAAAAUACACUUUAUUCAUAACACUAACAGCAUAUUUAAUAAUUUCCUAUUUUAUGUGACUUGUACGCAGGGACAGAGUAACAGUGUUUUCUCCUUAAAUACAGUCAAUCUACAUCGACAGACGAGAAAGAAAAAUUAUUGGGCAAUUCCACUACCUAACUGGGUUAUUUUUAAUCACAUUAGUCAGGGAAAAUGGCUUUGGGCCUCUUAGACAUAAUUUAGUUACACUGUAAAUGGCCUGUGUUUAACUCAUGGAAAAAGUGGAAAAAGUGACAAUCUUAGUGUGUAUCCAAGUAGUGUUUAUAUAUUAUAGAAUUAAGUCAGUUGCACUAAUGCUAAUUACUGUAAUGUCAAAUUCUGUAUAA